AUGGCGGAUACACCAUUUAUAACACUUGUGGCAGGCGGAUUGCAAGCGAAACCAACGGCAUCGAUUGCCACGCACGACACCAGCCGGGUAAAGUACCACAUCUCCGAACUUGGCACCUUCGCCGCGAGGCUGGAACAUGCAGCGGCCAGCAUAUUUCCCAACAAAGGGCGCUCCAGGUACAAGAACGUGCAUGUACUUCUGCUGCGAUGGGAAGAAGAUUCAAUGGGCGUGGUGCUCGAACUCGAUGAUCUCGCAAACACCUUCAGAUCUGCCUAUGGCUUCGAGACCGAAACAUGGCUCAUACCAACGGUUAAAUCAUUAUUCGCUCUCACAACAAAGGCCUUGCAGACCGUCCAAGGUUUCGGAGAUCCAGACAACUUAUUAAUUGUUUACUAUGGCGGACACGGCCUCAUCAACGAUGCCCGCCAAGGCGUGUGGACUUGCAAAUCGGACUUAAACCAAGGCUCUCUCCCAUGGCACGCGAUUCAACCUCAUUUCGAACAGGCAGACUGCGAUGUUCUUCUACUUCUAGACUGUUGCGCGGCAGCUAGCGGUGCACCAACCAAUAGUGAAAGCGCAAGUGUUACAGAGACCAUUGCAGCGUGUGGUUUUGAGACGUGGGCUCCACGUCCAGGUCGACACUCGUUCACCAAUACACUCAUUGCAGUUCUAGAGGACUGGAAGGGGCGAACAGCUUUCACUGCCGCCAUGCUCCACUGCGAGAUAUUGCAACGACUAAGACAUGAAAGGCCUGAAAGGUAUAGGAAUACGGAUAAGUUUGAGUAUCGCAAGUCUCCAAUCCACGUCCUUAGCACGAAUGAUCGUCAUGCGAGAAGUAUUGAGCUUUCCCCUCGAGAAAUUCCAUCUCAUGGUCCUAAUGACGUUAUCGCAUCCAAUAUUCCGAGCGCCAGAGGAUCUUCGGUUUCCAAGUGCGCGGGAGAUGCUGAGCUCGACAGUAAUGGGCCUCCCGUUGGCGCUUUGAUAUCAGAAGAUGCCAACUUAACACAUCAAACUGGCGAGCUUUACGAUAUGGAUUCUCUUGCUAACAUCCUCGAUAACGGAGACACAGCAUUGCCGCACGUCCUCAUCACGUUGGCAUUAGAAGAAGAGCCUGACUCUACUCUGGACCUUGAGCAGUGGAAACGCUGGUUCCAACAGUUCCCGGCAUUAGCGAAGCACGUCAAAGUUCAAGGCGUCUAUAAGGGCAAUUCAACUUUCAUGAUACUGUCAGUGCCAGUAGUUGUGUGGGACUGGAUUCCUGAAGACCCGGCUUGUGUCUUCAUUGGAUAUGUUUAUUCAGACAACCUCUUAGCCCAGACUGCAUCUGCUCCCACAGCGGCGGAUAGGUAUGUCGAGAGUAUGGGCAACAAGAUGUUCAACGAAAUCAAGAAGAAGCUUGAGAUGCUGCCUGAAGAGAGAGUCCAUCCAGAAGUGUGCUUUGAGAACAGCUGCUACCCCUAUUCAAAACAUAGGAGACUUAGUGAUGCUAGUACAUUGACCGAAGUCAAGAAGAAGGUAGAGAUGCUUUGUGAAAAGAGAGAACAUCCGGAAGUGUGCUUCGUAAAGGGCUGGUAUCCGGACUUUUCAUGGCCUCGCAAUCUCCAUUAUGACGAGGCAUCCAUGGAUUCCCACAGUAUGCUUGGUGAUGAUCGAGAUGACCUCAACAUACUCCUCAGUACGGGCUUUGGAAAUCCAGCUUCCUCGUGUGAGGUCGAAAUCCUUGAAGGCUUUUGUCGGGGUACAACCCUUGAAGACAUAGCGUUAGGUAUUGGCCUCGCAGGAGGUCUGAGGACUGUGUGGCUCGACGAUAGAGGUAGUAGUCCAGACUUAAAUGGGAGCGGAGACGCAAGGCAAUACGAAAAUCCAUUAACUGCCACUGGGCUUUACCGAGCCUUGAAGCAAUCACGAUUCCACCACAAGAAUACACCUGAUGCGGCGAGGCGACUAAUAUAUAUCAACGACCUGAAUCCUGCCUGCAUUCGUGCCCUUGCGGCAACGGCAUCUGGGUACCAAACCGCUGUGCUAAGAAAUGCUAUAUAUAAACAUUUAACAUUUCAAACCUCAAUCGGCGUCAAAAUUCCUAGGGAUGGAGUGCUCACUUUCCAAUUGGACCUCCAUUUACCAUUUUUUAUUUUGAGAAUAUCGACGCCACCCGAUAUAUCUGUGGAGAAAGUUUACACAAAACCACAAAGGGCGUGGUCAGAUUUAUCUUUCCUAAAAUUAGAUCUGCCUAUAUCGGAGGGCCAGGACCCGGAAGAAGUUUGGGGCAUACAAGAAAGUCAUAUCUCCUGUGUCAUUACUGGAUCGGAUAACUGGCAGUGGGUUGCCUAUGGUUUCGUCGAUGCUGAAGUUGACGGUCUCCUAUGUGACUCAUCCGAAACCGAUUUGAGAUUCGAUCGGAUAGCAGCUUGUGAACUUGACGUAAAUUUCCCGAUCUGGAGGCCGCGUGAAUACUUUCUUCAAGUAUUCGCAAUUCGAAUAGAACAAGUGAGAGGGCAGUGGGAGCACCUAGUCUACAAGCUAGGGCUUGGGAUUAACAGAUGCAUGAAGGAACAUCGGUCUACUUUACCUCGGAGCUCUGGGAAUGCAAGAGAGCGUGCUUCGGAGAUAAGGGAAGCUUUCGAUUGGACUCUCAAAACGAUGAGCCUCCUGCGCAUGCUUGAUGGGGUUCUCUCAGGCACAAUUGAUGCCUGGAAGUCGUUUUGUUCUCCUGAUAAUGAUAUCGGCUACUUUCAAGAUACUGAUGCAACGGCCCGGCGAUCGUUCCAUAGUAUACAGGCUAUCUUUCGGCAACUUCAAGAUCAUCAAAGGAGAAUGGUUGUUUUGAACGAAAGCUGUUCCAACUUUUCAGAGACUUUGAAACUUCGCUUGAACCUAGAGAGCAAAGAAGCAGCUGACUACGAUAGAGUGACCUCCAUUUUUACAGUCUCGAUCUUCUAUCCUGUUGCGCUCAGCGUUGGUAUUUUUAGCAUGCAGCAAGCGGCCAUACCAUUCGAUCUAAACCCCAGCUCUUUUGUGCUUACUGUUUUCUUACUGAUGGCCACAAUAUAUGCUAUUCGCUUGGUCACUCGACAUGCCGCCCAUUUCCGUUGGCCGGAGUUGGCUAGAAGAGUUGGCUUGUGGAUUACAACGGUGAAACUGCGCGAAAAGGGCGACGAACUCCCGGGGAAUUACUUUCGGGGCGUAUUUCCGUCGAGGACGGGUAUUUACCCGAACGGAAUCAUGGGUGGUGAGGACAGAAACGAUCUCAAACCAUACGCAACAAGAGCAUUACUUGGACCGCAGGUUACAGAAUGGGAAGCAUGGGCGGAUGAUUGA